UGCGGUGCCGGCGCGUGUCCGCGGCCACCGGCUGCCGGUCUCCCAGGCGGCACGAUGCAGCGGUGUGCCGAAUAGCCAACCCACCGCCGCCGCUGGAGAAAGCAGCACACGGUGCGGCCGUAUGCCCGUCCGGCCCGCGCAGUGCAGUGCAUCGCAUGCCUCUCGCUGUGGCGCACCCCCGCGACCUGUGCUCACGUGCUGUGGUAGUGUUUGGCUAUCGACGAACUCGUAUCCGUCGGCUGGGCGUGGCCGAGCGGCCUGCUGCAGUGACCUGAGUUUAGUCGGUUCGGACUCUAGCGGUACACCAACCAGACUGGGCCGGCGACCUGGACUCGAUCCGGAUGCUAGUCAGACUCGACCCGUACUCGCGCCAGACUCGAUCCAAUCGAGCUGGACUCUGCUGGAUUCUACCCUGACUGCCGAGACUCGAAUCGGACCUUUCUCAGACUUUCGACUCGGACUCGUACCUACGCUAGACGCAUACAGCACGCGUAACGCAAAUAAAUACUGUGCUUCAUCCGGACUUAUCCAGCCCGACUCGCUGAGAGAAAACUGCACGACACGAAGACGUCAGAUUUGUAUGGAACGUAUCUAAGAGUCCCACCGGAGCUGCAUGCAUGUUGCACCGAGACUGCAGAGUGCAGGUGACCUAUACCGGGACCGGGUGAAUCACACCUGCAGGCUGCAGGAGGGUGAGCAUGCGCCCGCUGCGCCGCCGUCUCGCUCUCUCGCUGCUGCUGACGGGAGUCGGCACUCUCUUCGUGCUCAACAGCUUUGAAAGGCGCCAGCCUUGGUCGGAGGAGCCGCUCAGGGGCGGCGGUCGGCCCCCAGUGGUGUUCAGCCCAGCACCGCUCCACCCUCCGUCUCUGCACAGUGUGGUGGUGCGACACUCGACCGGGGCUCCGACGGAGGCGCCGUCGGCUGACCUGCGCGCCAUGGUGCUCACCGAGUACGUCAUGGAGGAGACGCAGCCCGGCUCGGGCGUGUGGCGCGCCUCCGCCUGGAACGACACCCAGUUCUCGGCGGCCGAGCUGGCGCUGCUAAGAGGCAUCACCGCCUGGCUGCAGAGCGCCAGCGGCCGCUGCGACCGGCUGCAGAUGCUGGGCGCGCCGCGCCGCUCCGGGAACGGCGUGCGGCCCGAGCUGCCCGUGUGCGCCGACCCGCCGACGGUGGCCGGUGGACGACGCACGCCCUGUCUCGUCUACCAGCUCGGUAUAGCCGGCGGCGACUGGACAUUCGCCGAGCAGAUGGCACGCCGGGACUGUCACGUGUUUGUGCUCGACCAUCGCGAGCGUGCCGAGCCUGAGGGCGAGCACUCGUACCACGUGCUGUUCCGGCGGCUGGGCGUGGGCCGGACCACCUACGUGGCGUCAGGCGGCCUGGUGCUGACGCUGGACGGUCUGAUGCGCGAGCUGAACCACACGCAGCAUCAGGUGCACUACCUGCGCUCCGACCUCGGCGGCCUGGAGACGGAGAUGCUGUUCGACCAGCUGCUGGACCCCAAGUCGCGCCGCCGCCGCCGGUUCGUGCUCGACCGCGUCGACCAGAUGUCGCUGCGGCUGCAGCUGCGCAGUCGGGUGGAGCGCGAGCUGACCUUUUACCGGAUGCUGGGGAGCGCGCUGCGCCAGCUGGAGCUGCUCGGGUUCGAGCUGGUGCACAGUGCGCCGCUGGCGGCCGGAGACCUGUGGAAGUUCCCCGGUCGGGAGCAGCCCAUGGCGCUCAUACACGACGUGCUGCUCGUGCGGAAACGGCCGCCUGCCCGGGACUUCUCCGCCAAUAUGGUCCUAUGAAUCGGGCGAAUUAUCUAUUGUACAAUUAUCUGUGAUGUCAAUGUAGAUAGAAGAUAGGUAUAAGCCAGUGUACAUAUUCUUUUUGAGUGUGAAUAAUAUAAUAAUAAUGUCGCAUUCGA